CCUUAGCAACCGAGCGAAGCAUCUGCUGCGUGGAACCAGUCCGGUAGCCGGCGCUUCAGACGAGUCAAAUGAUCCCAAGUUCUUGUUCCACUGGACAACUCUGGUUUUGUUUCUCCGUGAGGAGGCUGCUCCAUUGACAGUGGUGUAAAACUCGCUGCUGCUUUUCCCAUCUCCUGCCUCUGGUCUUCACCAACAACACCAUUGUCAGGGAAAAUGAACUGGCUGUACGACUCAGUGGAGCCAAGAGUGAUGGACGAGGACAUGCUCAAGCUGGCUGUGGGAGAACAGGGCCCACGGGACGAGGCUGGGCAGCUGGCCAGGCAGGAGGGCAUCCUCUUCAAGGAUGUGCUUUCACUGCGGCUGGACUUCCAAAAUAUCCUCCGCAUAGACAGCCUCUGGCAGUUUGAGAACUUGAGGAAGCUACAGCUGGACAACAACAUCAUCGAGAAGAUCGAGGGCCUGGAGCGUCUGGUACACCUGGUCUGGCUGGACCUGUCCUUCAACAACAUCGAGGCCAUUGAGGGGCUGGACACACUGGUGAACCUGGAGGACCUGAGCUUGUUCAACAACCGGAUCUCCAAGAUUGACUCUCUGGAUGCCCUCGUCAAGCUACAGGUGUUGUCGCUGGGCAACAACGAGAUCAGCCACAUGAUGAACAUCAUCUACCUGCGGCGGUUCAAGGACCUGCGGACGCUCAGCCUCUCUGGAAACCCCAUCGCGGAGGAGGAGGAUUACAAGAUGUUCAUCUGUGCCUACCUUCCUGACCUCGUGUACCUGGACUUCCGGCGCAUCGACGACCACAUGAAGGAGCUGGCAGAGAUCAAACACCAGUACGGCAUUGACGAGCUGAAGCAGCGAGAGAACCUGAUUCAGGCCCAGCUGGAUGAUGAGCGGGCCCAGUGGGAGGAGCUGGAGGAGCACAAGGCCGCGUUCGUCGAGCGCCUGAACGGCUCCUUCCUGUUUGACAGCAUGUACGCUGAGGACGUAGAGGGCAACAAGCUGGCCCACCUUCCCGGCGUCGGCGAGCUCCUUCAGGCCUACAAGGACAAAUUCGUCAUCGUCUGCCUGAACAUCUUCGAAUAUGGCCUGAAACAGCAGGAGAAGCGCAAAGUGGAGCUUGACACCUUCAAUGAGUGUGUCCAGGAGGCCAUCCAGGAAAACCGGGAGCAGGGUAAACGCAGGAUUGCCAAGUUCGAGGAGACGCACUUGCUGAGUUUAAAUGCCAUUCGAGAUGAGUCCGAAGUGACCAACCUUGAGAUGAAGGUAGCGGAACACAGCAAGGACAUCACUGAGCUGUUCAACAUGCUCAUGACACUGGAGAUGCAGUUGGUAGAGCAGCUGGAGGAGACUAUAAACACGUUUGAAAGGAACAUCAUGGACUUGGUGGCACUCUUUAUUGAAAACGUCCAAAGCCUAAUGGCUCAGUGCCGGGACCUGGAGAACCACCACCACGAGAAGCUCCUGGAGAUCUCCAUCAAUACCCUCGAGAAGAUACUGAAGGGUGAGCUCGACGAGGACCUGCCCUACGACGUGCGCGCUCUUUUUGUCGACAAAGACACGAUUGUUAAUGCUGUUGGGACGUCGCAUGACCUCCACCUCCUGAAGAUCGACAAUCGAGAAGAUGAGCUGGUGACGCGGACCAACUCUUGGUGCUCACACUUAGUGGACGCGAUCCACAAGGAUGAGAUCAUGAGGAACCGCAGGCGCGUGAAGGAGAUCCAUCAGUACGUCGACCAUGUACAGAACGAGCUGGACAACCUGGAAUGCAGCGAGAUCAUAGAUUAG